GUCAGAAGAAACAGAGACUGUACGGCCUGAUGUUUCUCUCGUGAUGGCUUCGAACACACAUUCUGACUUGGAGGUCGUUGCACCAUCAGCGAACGAUACCUAUAAAUACCCGUACAAGUCUCCUGAACCGAUCCCCGCAUACUCCAACACCGCAUCAGACACGAAUAAGAUCGCGUACGAGAGCGCUACAUACGAGCGGCCAACCCCAGCAAGAAUAUGCGGCCUGCGCAAUAGAACGUUUUGGAUCGUGGUGAUAGCCGCAAUCGUAGUUGUCGCCGGUGCUGUAGGCGGAGGAAUUGGCGGCGCGCUCGCAUCACGGUCGUCAAGUAACUCCAAGAGCAGCAACAGCAACAGCAAUGUAGAAGCACCACAAUCCAGUGCGCAAUCAUCCUCAACAACACAAACGCCUACAUCAUCAACACCCACAUCGUCGACACAAAUCAUCUCAACGAGCACAAUCGUUGGCCCGACGAAUAGCCCAGAACCCACCCUCCUACGCGACUGCCCGUCCUCCAACAACUCCAUCUACUCCGUCACAUACGGCAGCACAAGCUACCAGUUCCGCAAAAUCUGCAACAACGCGUACCUCAACGUCAACGGCGUGUCGGCGCAAGUUCAAGGCGUGGUCAAGAGCCUCGACGACUGUAUCGAUAGGUGCGCAAUAUACAAUCGCAAUAACGCGACCGAAAUACAGGCGGGCCGCGAUCCCAUCUGUAACGCGGUGUGCUGGCGAAACACAUUUGAUAAGACGAAUGACUGGGAGGGAGGGCGUUGUUUUGGGUACACGACGCAGAACACAACAGUGAAUGGGCAGACGAGUUUCAGGAUCACGAACACAGCGGAUAUCUGCGACAGUGCGGCGUUGGUUAACCAGGAUUUUUGAGGCAGGGAGGAGAAAGAGCAGGUAUAGGCAUAGCGUUUACAUUCUGAUAGUCAAGUUUGCAAUGAUGAUUUGCUUACCAACAGCUUCCAGCAAUAAAGAGUAAUCAAGUACUCCAAGAGCU